AUGGCUAAUCGUGUGGAUACUAGCGCUGCGGGUGAGCUGGGUCGGUAUCAGUGCAGCCAUUGCACCCGGCGGUACAAGCGAAGCGACCAUCUCGCUCGGCAUGCGCGUUCACACACCCAAUUUAAGCCAUACAAGUGCCACAUAUGCUCCAAAAUGUUCAUGAGAGUAGAUAUACUCAACAGACAUAUUAUCGGCCAUCAGGGCCAGAAGGUUGGAAGAGACAAUAGCAAUUCCCUACAGGGCAAUGAUGAAGGGGCGCAUACAAGGCAGAAAGAUUACCCAGAUAGGCCCGCGGUUACUGUGCAAACGCCUGUGAGUGGCGCAGGUACAAGCACCGAGCAUCUAGAAUGGGGUCAGCCAUUUCGAGACGGCCUCUCUAAGCUGCCAGUCACAGUUGAUGAAGCCAACUCCAAUCUCGAUGGCCCCAUUGUCAUGUUUCAUGAUCUCGAGAUGGAGCCAUGGAGCCUACUCGAGACCCCCUCAGCCGGGGAAUUGCCAGCAGGCUUCAAUUUUAAUGAGCUGGACCUACGUCUCUUGGAUUCGUACAACGUCAACGUCCCAUUUCAGCUUACCACUUUUCCUAAUUGCCAACCAACGGCCGAGAGCACUCCAAAGUCAACUUCAAGCCUAACUUCAACUUCAACUCAACUGACAAACACAAUAUCGUCUCCCAGGUCCUACUGGAACUUUUGCCACAACACUAAUUUGGCUCCGAUCGAGUCAGGCUCAGAACCUCAAGGUCUUGUCAAUGACGCCGUGCCGUGGAAAAAGUUAUUGCCCGCUUCUAGGGACAAAAUAUUGACCAUAAUCCUCGGUAACUCUCGUUUAACGAGUUUGUUCAAGACUCUAAGUUUGUUUCCUUCGGUGGAGCUUCUGGAUGGGCUUCUGCGCCACUACCUGACUUCACCGGUCUCGCAUGCCUAUACAUUCUUGCAUUUAGCAACGUUUGAUCCAAACGCAAAGAGUCCAGAACUUCUAGCGUCAAUGAUUUCAUCCGCUUCCCUUCUGACCCCAGAUCCUACCUUGCAAAAACUGGGUUUUACGAUCCAAGAGUGCGUGUUGGGUACACUCCCAAGACAUUUCCAGGCAGGAAACUCAGCUAUCAGAGACUUGGAGCUUGCCCAGGCCUUUCUCAUCACUGUUGAGGUUGGCCUUUGGAGUGGACAAAUCAAACAAACGGAAGCCGCCGAAAGUUUUCUGCAGCCGCUAUUGACAAUGAUUCGACGCACCGGCAAGUUCAACCACUCGAGUUACCCCAAGGUGAGGAUAGACAACGUGGAAGACGGCCGCCUCGAGUCAUUCUGGCAGGAGUGGGUGGAGCUGGAAAGCUUCAAGCGGCUGGUGUUUAGAGUGCUCAAACACGAUACGAAUACGUCGACGGCCCUGCAGACAAAUCCCCUCAUUUCAUAUGCCGAGGUGUCUUUACCCCUCCCACAGCCCACAAGUCUGUGGUGCGCGCCAACGGCCGAGCAGUGGAAGGCCACCUUUCUCAAUCAAGGCAUCGACAUUGACCGAACACUUACACUACAUGAUUAUUUCAAUGACCCACAACAGUUGUAUACUUUGGAAAAAGCCCUGGAUAUCGACAUCGCCCGAGAUGCGUUUUUGUCGUGUUGUUGGCGUCUCUCAUGGGAAUACAUCCAGCUGCGGUCCUUCCAAGCAUACCAUCCGCAGCAAUGGAGUUCCACGGUAAUGAGCCUGCGAUACGAGGAGCUCAUCCAACUCAUGAGGCAUUUCCACAGCGGUGUCAGCCUCGUGGUGAAUCCUCUAUUGGAUGCGGAAAUGAAGAUGCAUUAUAUUCAGCUGCACCUUCACCUGCCCUGCCACGAUAUUCAAUUGUUUAGUACAUCAAAAAAGUCCGAUCAACUUGAAGCGGCUUUUCUCAGGCUUGGCAGGUGGUCCAGGGAAGCGCCAGCUCGGAAAUCAAUCUUGCAUGCCGGCCAAAUAAUUCGAAUAGCUGCUUCGUCCCUACACGCAACCAUCCGGGGACCAGCUGCUUUCAUGUUAUACCAUGCGGGUCUGGCACUUCUGAUAUAUGGUAGAUUCUCUGCAAGCAAGAACAGGAUGAGUAUACGUGAGGACGGCUCCCCUAUCAACGGGUUCGAGCAACGCCAAGUUGUCCGUGUUGAUGGUGUCGACAGUGCCAUUACACAACAAUUCGUCGAGUUUGGGCUUGGUACACCCACCAUUCAAGACUUUUCAGACUUAGGGCAUACCUGGGGUGAAGUACCAGUGAGCAAUUAUCAGGACAUUUCGAGUGCUAUCAUUCGGGUCUUCCGAGGCAACUACAAGGAUUCUUUCCGACCCCCCAUCGUGAAUCAGAUGAUUCAGUUGAUAGUAGAGCUUCAAGAACUCUUGAAAGCGUAUUCUGAAUAA